AUGUCUUAUGAUGACAUUAAUCGACCAGUCAUCGCACCACAUCGAGGCUUUAACGCAAAAGCUCGUGAAGUCUUGCUCGAUCCACCAAUGAAAGGUUUCACGGGAAUGCCGACGAAGAGCAACUCGGAUUUCGAUUUGUUGAGCAGAAAACUCAAGGGACAAUCAUUUGGAUUUCGAGGGAGGAAGUCAGGGUUGAUAAAAAGUACGUCGGCGAGCACCCCGAAAACCCAAUCAAGCAACUCGUCGGUUGGCGAUCCAAAAGAUAAAGUCGAAUUCGAUGGAAUUGGUGAACCACCGAAAGUUGCCAAGAGUCAAACACAUAAAUUGAUCGGUGAAAUCGGGAAAACUCGGUCGGCUAGUGAUGUUUUUCGGGCAAAUGGGCACUACGUUGACAAGAAGCUCUUUCGAACAUUUCAACAGGACAACGUAAUGAGGAUGCCGAGUAUGGACUCGGAUCUCGAAUCGAUCGGAGCCUAUCGUAGCCUAACUGGCGAUGAUGCAGUCUCACCCCAUCCCGGCGAUUUACCUGGAUCGAAAGCUCAACGCACUGAGAUGGAGGAGAAGAGAAAAACGGUGAAAUCGUGGCUGGAUAAAGUCGAA